AUCAUUUUGGAUCCUAAUUUAAUUGAUGUCUUUGUGUGAAAACAAAAAUGUAAAACUGUGAUUUUAAAAUAUGAAGAAAUUUAUUAUGGAGUUAAUAAUUAUAAAACUGUUUUUAGCGAUACUGGUUCAGAAAUGUGUAACACAAGAAACGUCCAGUACCGAUCUGUCAUCUUCAACACUACCCACAACCACAAGUAUACCUAUACUGUAUCUAAAUGGAAAUAACAUAACUUGGAACCCAAGUUCAACGCAGGAAGUGCAAAUAGAGUGCGAUCUUGGUUACAAAAUAACCGCAACAAUAGUUGAAUGUAGAAUUGAUGGAGUUAAUCUAGGAUAUGCCAGAAUUUCAUCAGGUCGAGAAACAGAAAAUUUAAUGUUCACUUACAAUGUAACUAAUAAACCAUCUUAUUUUUUUAAUACGAAUAAGUUGAACGCUGCCUUCAGUGGUACAGGCACAAUGACUGUGAUUUUUUCCAGAGUUGGGGAACCACUUACUACAACAACGACGGAGAUAAGUACAAGCACGAUUUAUUUACCGACAGCAAUGUCAGCUGUUGCUGCUGAAUUGGUAGUUCAUUUAACUGGCAUAAAUCCACUAGAUUAUAGAAAUAAAGAAGUACUUGAUUCAUUAAGAGAUGCGAUUAAACGUAUGGCCAUAGAAUAUUGCGAAACUGAACAUUUUGAAUUAGCGGUUAAUAUUACCAUAUCCAACGUACAAAUUCGACAAAUAGUUGAGUGCUCUUCAAGAUAUCCAACUUGCGCUUCGUGCGUGAAAGUGACAUUUGCCGUACCAGUUAACCUAAAAGAAGAUCCUUCGUCUCCAUGGAGCGGAUACCAAUUAAACGAUCAGCACCUCAAAAUUAUGUGGGAUAGAUUAUCAUCAAAAUAUAUUACUGAUGGAAUAUCUGAAUGUCCCCAAGAACAUAUAAACAGUUGGGUCAAAUGGCAAAUUGUCCUGAUUGCCGUUUGUACGGCUCUAUUUCUCGUGUUCCUUUUGAUCUUCAGAUGUGUCGUUGAAAAAUUGAUAAGAAGAGUAGAGAAACAGAACCGAAAUGUAGCUGACAAACCCUCAUACCAGUUUGAAGACAGGAUGACUCAAAUUUCUCUGCCUCCUCAUUAUCUCCAAGAAACACCGGCACUUUUUGAAAGCACGUAUUCAAUGUUUAAUCCUGCAGUGGGUUCCACUAACCCCGGUUUCGAACGUUAUGAAGACGAUUUUGAAGAUAAUAAAAAUGAUGACUUAGAGUCAGAAUCAAGUAUUAUAGAAGAGUCGGGUGCAUAAUCAAUAUUUAAUUUUUAUAUUACCUCUAGAUAUAUGUAAUUUGCAAUUAUUAUAUUUUUCGUUUGAGUAUUUUUUUUUAAUAAACUAUUUGUUUUAAGGGUU